AUGGAUCCGAAGCCUUACGUUAAAUGCAAGCUAAAUGGGGUGUCCAAAUCAGGAGCAGAUCUCGACGGGUUGGAGCUCCAGGCCUGCCAUCGCGCUCUCAAUAAUCUGCGAAGCUUAUUGUUCCAAAAGCCAAUGUUAGACCUUCUGCAGGACCAAAUUGAGGAAGGGGAUCGCUACUUUGAAUCGUUAAUCGAAGCCUCCCGGGGGCUGUAUAGGGAAUGCAGGAUAUUUAUGAAAGUAACCGGAGUCUCAGCGACAGAGUUCAAGGCGACUUGCAGCCGCUGGCAGGUCUCUCAGCCCCUCGAUGACAUGGCCCGGAGGUAUGUGUUCCCAACUCACCCAGAGCAUUAUGCCGUCAUGCAAUCGCCAGGUGCUCCUCCUGAAGGUGGACCAGACUGCGGAGUGGAGCUCAUCGGGGAACACAUGGCUCGGAUUCGAUAUGUCGAUCUCACGCAGACCAUCGUAGAUGUCCCAACGUGGUUGUGGCAUGCACGGAGUAAGAGUUAUGAUAUGAUGGAGGUGAUGGUUGCGAAGCUUGACAGCGGGAGUAAAUUCUUCUAUCUCAUGAAUGAAUUCGUGAAUACCGAAGGCGGCUGCAAAAUCAGGCUACGGGUCUUCUUUCCCUCGGCCGCACCCUGGUCGUUGAUCAAUCAGCACGCAGAGCAUCUUGCGGUUGAGUUUCGGAACCUGCUCAAGAUGGUUCAUGCGGCAAUUGAGGGUCUUGAAGACAGCUAUUAA